UGCGCGUGUGGCUAGGUGGGGCUUACAACACAUUCGAGAUAUCAAAAUAGCUAAACAUGCUUUCCAGCCUCAUGCCCUGCUGGUUACCAGAAGUAUCGCCAGCUCUGUUACAAGUUAUUCAUGAGCCUCCAGACUUUCUUUGAAGCGUCGGCAACAUGUGAGGCUGAUCAUGAAGGAGGCACCCUCGCCAUGUCCCGUGAUUUCGGCAUCGACCAAUUCAUCAUCUCCCUCAUCAGGAAGACACAACAGCGCAACGGCUAUUUUUGGUUCGGUCUGCACGAUCAACGGCAGGAAGGUCAGUGGGAGUGGAUAGACGGCACGGAACUGGGAACCGGGUACAGCAGGUGGAGAGAGGGGCAGCCCGACAAUUUCCUCAUGACCGGCAAGAACCUUACCGGCGAGGAUUGUGCAGCGUACACUACUGAUGGUUGGUAUGAUCGUAACUGCGAAAGCCUCAAGACCUUUAUCUGUGAGGUCAUGCCAGAAGAUGCUGAAGGCAAGAAAGAAGGAUAGUACUCCCCAACCUUAAAUAUAGGCCAAGGUUCAAACGUUAAGAGGAGUGCAAGAUUUCUAUGGUAACUUUCAUGCAGUUUUGAUCAAAACAAGUCGAAUGAAAAUGUCUAUAUGAUGUAAAGUACUUACGAACGGCUGAAAACACCGAAAAUAAUUCUGUGGUUUAAGACAAAUUGAUAAACAAAGAAAGUUGACCAAAAAUAGCUCUCCGUGUCGGGGAAUCGAACCCCGGUCUCCCGCGUGACAGGCGGGGAUACUCACCACUAUACUAACACGGAUUGGCUGGGUCAAUCAUUCACAAAUAAUCUCUUAUUGGUGGAAAACAAAACAAAACAACAACAAAGCACAAAAGAAACGUUGUCUGUGGGUCCCCCGGGCCUACAGAUUCGGGACUUUUGAAUAUUUCUUAACGCCAAGGACACUUUCCCCUCGUCUAUAAUAUGAAUGAAUAUCGAUAUAUGUGGAUCUCCUAUUUGUGUGAGGAGAUAACAUUAUGUUUAUAUGACAUCUGCGGUCUAAAACUUGUCAUCAGUUUUCAGUUUAUUUUUGUUCUCGACUGAAAUACUGCAGUCACGUUAUGAAACCAAUGUGUGACACCAUUCUGUCAUGAAAUUAAUAAAUUGAUUAAAAUAAGUCAUAUAGGUGGUUUGUGCUUAACACGAAUGUAUAUAUAGAAAAAUGAUUUGUCUGUUUGGUACCAUGGGUCUGGUGUGGGUAAAGUUUGAAUAUUCAUAUUUUUUGUGUCUCUUUUUCUAGCCCUUAAAACUUUCAAGCGUGUCAUAUGCAUUCUGAACCUUCAACCGAAACGAUUGUUCAGGGCACGUGAUCACAUGGAUUGUAUAAAGUUUUUGUUGUUAUCCUAUAUUUUAGUCCGUAAGAUUUACCUUUAAGAUUUACUCUUUAUCCAUUAUUUUGUAGUUUAUAGUUGACCAUACGAGUCACUGUACUUCUUGUUGUGUCCAAAAAGCUGGUUGUGCUGUUGUAACGUGAACAUGCGUCAGGAUGUUGGUAUCGCCCCCCGUCUCGGUUCAAUGAUGAUAUAUACUACAGAUUAACAUCCCUAGAGAUACCAAUGAAGGUAAAGGCUUACCUUUAUACGUAAAUGUCUGACUAAAGUCAUUUGUGAAAUCUACACAAGAAACAACAUUGUUUGCUUGUACCUAAAAAAAUUUCAUAACUGUACCAAAGUAACAGAUAUGGUUAGCAAAAUGGCUUGCAAAGUUCUGUCAUUGUUAUGUUGAUCUUAUACUUUGCUAUAUAUUAUCAUUAUUAUGUAGCAUAUGACAUACUUUUGCUUUGCACAAAUAUAUCGAUAUGGAUCAGUGACAAGUGACAACACAUUUCAAGACAUUCUACUACAAUGUAAUGCUAUUUUAUUAGUUUCAAAUGUACAUAUAGUCACAAUUCUUACAAUUGUACACUACACAUUUUUCAGUAAUGUUAUAAUUUAUUUAUUCAUCUCAAAACAUGUGGGUAGCCCCUUCAACUUGUUUGAAGUUGAUUUCCAAGGGGGCCCACUACAUAAAUAACAAAAACGAAACGUGUUACAUUCAGUAAGACAACCAGAGGACAACAAACAAUAUAUACGAAUAAACCGAAGCGUCUUUACCAAGAACAGUUGUCGAGGUCAACAAAAAACGUCAACGUCAAACAAUAAUUGAAAAUAGCACUCUCUUGUAAAAAUUCAAUAAUGUCCAAGAAAUUUUUAUUCUAUAAUACCGUACACAAUUCACUUCAGUGACAUGUAUAUAUCAAUCUGAAGAUCGUCAUUUGACACUAUAGGCCAUUUUUUUUUAGUUUUUUAGGCUGUACAAUACACCAGACGCUGUAGCAAUAUCGCCCAAUGGCUACCGAUGGCCAAAUCCAUGUUUUAUUGGAUGUAUGAAACAUGAUUCUUACUCUUUGUGUACAUAACGUUAAUUAGGAUGUUGUAUACAUUUUUCAUAAUCUUUCUUUUAUUUCCACAAGCACACAAUAUUCCAUAGAUAUACUAGAAAACGUACAAAGUAUCUACCUCAGACGGAUUUUCUAGUAUCAUAAUCUUUUGCAUGUAGCACCAGUGACUGUUUCUACGGUAACCGCAAUUGAUUGCAUUAUUUUGUUUUCUGGUUUUACCCUGUAUGUGAUUGUAUUAUAACCUGAUGAAAUCCAGAAAAUAAAUGAUAAUCAUAUGCACAAUAUCAGUGAAGAGCAUAUAUUAUGUUUCCCUCCAUCAAAAAGAAACAUGUUGUUUUUAGUUCUAUUUCCUAUUCUUCUGCAAAUUGAGGUCAAUGACCUGGACCAGACAGCUGUCACCAUGGUUACUGGUAAAGUAGCAGACACCCUGUGGUGUUUGAUCACAAUAUGUAGCAAGUAGAAGGACAGAGAGUGAGGGGCUGGUCCCUUUAAGCACAUACAAACAGAACAAUAGUUUGUUAAGCUACAUAUGCACCAAGAAAAGGUAAAUAUUAUGUAUUUGCUUGGAAAUGUUACCUUCUAGCUUAUAAUUAAGAUUGCCGACUGAAUUGUUCCUUGUGGUCAUGAUGUCGAAAGUAUUU